AUGACUUUACAUGAUCCACAUUUGUCCACAUGUGACUCCAUCGUGCUAGGAGGUAGGGGAAAUGGGUUUGUAGUGGAGCAUUGGCGGGCCCCAUACCUAAAUCCAACCGCAGAUAAUGUGUUCAUGUUAUUGGGUUGUUCGACCCAAUCACCACUCUUCCAAGGAUUCCCAACUGGGAACCAUGUACCAUGUAGAAAUGUCUCAGCGUGUGAGGCAACAGGUGGGUCUUGUGGACAUGAUGUGGAACAUUUUGGAGAAUUAUGUAUGUGUGGGAGUUGGAAUUCUACCUCAAAUUGUGAUACAAUUAUGAAAUUAUCGGUCGGGGGAGCCUCGUUGCCAAGGGACAAGUUAUUAGGAUUACUGAUUGUCAUAUCUACCUUCUGGUUAACAUCUUUUCGAAUGUGAAAUGUCUUUUCCAUCGCAAAUCUAUACUUUGAGGAGGAAGAAAAUGCAUACACAACUUGAAAAGAUGCCAAAUGUGUUCUUCAAUGUUCAUUUAAAGGAGGCCUAUAUGUAGGCUAAAUAUAGAAAAAGUAAGUGUGCCUAAUUGAAUGGGAGUUUCUUAUUUAAGUAUAUUGAGUGAAGUUUUGUUUGAGAAUGUCAUUGUAUUUGUUUUGGACUUUUCACUUUUAACGUUAUUAGAGGAAACAUAGGAUUUUGAUGAA